AUGAAGAUGAUCAGGCGCGAGGUUGCGCCCCUCUGUUCGACCUCCUUGCUCCGAUCGGCAUUUGUCGAGCACGGGAGGUUGAGAUUGUCAUCGAGCGAGGUGCCGGAUGGCCUGGUGCAUUUGGCUGUUGCGAUUGACGAUGUCUGCCCGGUCCGCAGCGUCGGCUGUCUGAGGAAAUGGGCCUCGGGAAGAAGGAACCCCCUCUGCCCGCUGUGCGCGGCGCCCAUACACGCCAUCGUGCUGCCGAACGGCGAGGUCGAGCCAGUCGUGCCAGAGGAGGCGAAAGCUGAAGAGGAAGAGCCAGAUCUUGGCUGCCUAGACCAUGCGUACUUCCUGGCGGAGACGCAAAGGCUACUUUCAAGAGCGAAAGCUGCACAGGAUGCCUUCUACCGAGAGGCUUUUGGAGGUGGCAGAAGAGGUUCAGAAAGAGCCGAGGAUGCGGUGGCCACUCUGGGAGGGAUCGUAGGAUCCCUUCUGAACCACAGGCAGCACCUGGAAUUAGAGCUCCCAUUUGACCCCAACAGUCUGUUGCAGGAGCUGUACAACCUGGACAGCAUUGUGCAUUCUGUGCAGGCGGGUACCUGGGAGAGCACCAAUGUUUCCGAGAAUCCUCCGCCGAGGCGCUACGGCGCUGACGACGCGGACUCCAUACAUCUGAAUGAAGGGGACGUCGAUAUCGACGAAGAGGAGCUGGACCGCUACAUAGCGACACAUGAACGAUGCCAAGCUCAGACAAGGAGGGCCCCUGCCCAUCGAGGGAGGCAUCGCAAGAAACAGGGUCUGGCAGCACCCCGCCCUUAG